UUUUUUAAUAUAAAUUUUAGCAGUUGGACCAGUCGGACGUGUGUGCGCGCUUAAAAGUAUCGUGGUGGAAAAAGUGUGUGUGAUAAAGUGCAAAAUAAGCUAAAACGCGCAUGUGAGAAAUCAAAUUUAAUUGAGAAGCAUAAAACCGUAUACAUACAAGUGCUUGUGCGUGUGUUUGUGAGAUUUUCACUGUGGAAAAUGCAAACUGAAUGAAAAUUAAGCCUACAAAUUGGAAAAAUUAACAACCAAUUGGGGACAACCGUAGUUGUCUCGAAAAAGACAGAAGAACAAAGCCGCAUCAGAGUGAACGCCGAGCGUCGAGCGGUAAAAGCAGCAACAGAAGCCACAAGGAGAAGAUCCACAGAGCUCGUUACACUGAUUCGCGCGGCAGGGAAUGGUAUAUUUCUUGGGGGAUUGGGGCAUGGGAGAUUCUGACUUGUCGUCAUAUCAGCAGCAUGUUCCAAAUAUACAGCAGCAACAGCGCAUUCAUGGACGUGAUCUACAUCAGCAGCAGCAGGCGCAGCAGCAGCAACAGCAGCAACAACAGCAACAGCAGCAGCAACAGCAGCAGCAGGAACUGGUUGCCCAAAUCUCCACCAGCCUAAGCCAGUUGCAGUCUCAGCUGCAGUUUGCCAGCGGCUCCAGCUUCCUCCAGCAGCCAGGCUCCCCGGCAACGUCAGUCUCUCCCUCAACACCCCAUCACCAUCAGCACCAUGUUGCUGGCUCAAGGAGCAGUUGCACCAGCACAAGCAGCAGCCUGGUAACCGCCAAUCUCCAGCAACUGUCGGUGAGCAACAGCCACCCCAGCAGUUCCAGCAGCACUGGCAGUGGCACCAACAACAACAUCAACAUCAACAGACAGCAACAGCAGCCAUUGCUGGACGCAGCUGCUGCUCCAGACGUAGCAUCUGGCAUAUCCAGUGGUGCCAAGGGCCAUCCGGCGUGGCUAAGGCAGUGCUCGGAGGCGUCAGUCGACGGCAGGUCAAAGACCCCCUCUCUGCUGGGCAAGGAUCUCCUGGACAACGAAGAUGAAGUGGCACUGCAUCCGCUCUCCAAUCAGGUCGGAGGACACACUCGCCUGUUGCUGCUCAACCAGUCGACGGUGAUUAAGCCCCUGAACUUGCGGGAAUUGGACUUUUACCAGAACAUUCCGCAGGACAUACUGAAGUUUGUGCCCAAAUACAAAGGCGUCAUGCAAGCCACCAGCAUGGGAGGCGUCAAGCUGGACAAGCGAUAUUCGCCCAGUUUCCGGGACGAUGCUGCCGCCGUGCCCGUCCGCAAGAUGAGCGCCUCCAAGAGGAAGCGGGACGAAGUGCUGAGAAUGAAGGUCCACAAGAAUGGCAACGCAGCCGAUGUCAUCAAGAGCAUCUCCCAACUUGACAACUCCAAUAAGCAAUACUUCCUUAUGCUCGAGAACAUCACAUCGCAGUUCCGCAAUCCUUGCAUUCUCGAUCUGAAGAUGGGCACCCGCCAGCAUGGGGACGAUGCCUCGGCGGAGAAGCGCUCCAAGCAGAUGGCCAAGUGCGCAGCCAGCACCUCGGGCUCGCUUGGCGUGCGCCUCUGUGGCAUGCAGACCUACCAGGCCGAUCUCGAGCAGUAUGCCAAGCGCGACAAGUACUGGGGCCGCGAGCUCAACGAGGACGGCUUCAAGAAGGCCCUACAUGACUUCUUCUACAACGGCUUCCGGCUGAGGAUCCGCGUGAUUCGCAAGAUCCUGCAGCGACUGCUUCAGAUGCGCAGAGUGAUUGAGAAGCAGUCCAGCUACAGAUUCUACUCCUGCUCCCUGCUCAUUGUCUACGAGGGCUUCGAGGAGAAUCCGAUGGCCUACCCACCAUCGAUUAGCGUAGAUGAGUGGCCGGAGGCCCCCAAGUCGGCAACCAUGUCGACAACAGCCUUCGACUAUCAUCCGGAGAACAGCAUAGACGACGACGACAUCGAAGACGAGGACGAGGCGGGCCAUGAGGCUGGCGACGAGCUGGAGCCCCAUGACACGGACGAUGACCUGCACUUGGUGGCUGCUGACAGCGGCAAUGCCUCGGCCACCAAUAGCAGCACGGGCGGAGAGGGCUGCAACUACGAUGCGGAUGCAUCGAAUGAUUCCAGCUCGCUGCUGAAUCUGGCCACGCGUCGACACCUGCACAAGCGAGGCUUUGGGGAGGCAGCGGCACGCGGAGUCAAGCAUUCGUCGGCCAGCAUCACCACCACCGACGAGGAAGAGGAUGAGGAUCAGGCGCACCCGGCCGCCAUGCCACCGCCACGCAGCUGUGGCGUCACGGCUGCCAAAUCGGCGGGCGCUAAGGGCCAGAGCGGCAGUGCACAGCCCGCACCCGCAUUCAUUCCAAUUUCCGAAGAGACAGUAUUCCUGGAUCCAGAGCCAGCUUUGCCCAACGUGGCGACCUCAUCGCCACAUUCCGGUGACUCCUGGAUGAACUACAGCAGCAACAGCAGCGACGACUUCUCCGGCCUGUCCGAGCAGAUCAAGGCCGUUGCCAGCGGUCGACAGACAUGCAAUAACAGCUCCGACGAUGCCAGUUCCGACUUCGAGGGCAGCGUAAUUGGACCCACAGAGGCCAUGUUCAAGCGCUACAAAUCGUUCGAUGCGGCAUCCCCAGGUACAGGGACUGAGCCAACCUCUCCUCCACACACUGCCGGCAACUCGAGUGUCUCCAACAGCGGCACCGUCAAGUCUCUGGUUUCACCCCCCUCCUCCAGCGCCUCGUCCCUCAAAUCGGUCAAGGGUGCUGUCAAGCGUCUGCGCUGCAAAGACGACGACGAACACUAUGCUGCCCACGAUGACUGCGACUCGAGGGAGGCCAAAAAGUCUACAAUCAUCUCGACACCCGUCUCCACCGUCUCAUCGCCCGCAAAGACAGCUCCGCAGCGCAGCUGCGAGAACAUAGCCAACUCCAUGCUGGCAGGCAUACUCCUGGACUCGCUGGAGCGUCGCUCCAGUGCCAGUACCAGUGCUGAGGGGGAGAACAACAACAGCGGUGGCAUUGAGCCGCAGCAGCGUAACUCUGCACUGCUGCAGCAUGGCUCCAAGUCGCUGGACAUGUCAGCGCCACCCACAGACGACUCACAGUGCUUUGUGGACGUGCGUCUCAUUGACUUUGCACACACGGCCUUUGUGCCACGCAAUGGCAGCAUGCUGCCCACUCCGCCCGUGGCUCCUGUUCACCAUGGACCCGACGGCGGCUUUCUGACCGGCCUGGACAGCCUCAAUCGACUGCUCAACGAGAUCCUGGCCGAGGACAGGAUCUAGACAGAGACAGGGAAAAGAAACAGGGAGUGGAAACUAGAGCGGAGAAAGGAACACAAGUUAAAAGUACAAUUUGAUUUCAAAAUACCUAAAUUGUUGUAGCAACAUGUGUUAAAUUAUGAAA